AUGACUGAUAAUGUCUUUAUGGAACCAGAUCCAUGGGCUUCAUCUAGUACUUGGGGAUCUCCAAUCAAACCACUAACUUAUGAGAUUGCUCUAGGAAACUCGUCUAUUCCGUCUCAGUAUAAAGAGUGCUGGGAAGAAUUUCAAAAACUUGAUCAAUUUCUUUACCCAAACGCGUCUUUGUACUCCAAAAUUUUUGAGAUUCCAGACCACGUAAUUGCAGAAUUUCUAGGCUUGAUUGAGUGUACGAACGAACCCUUACAACAAAGACAGUUUUUUUCUCUUUUAGCACUUGUCGCUUUCUAUCAACUUGGAGUUCCCACUACACUGGAACAAAUUCAAAAGCAAAGAAAUGUUUUACCUAUCCUCCAAAGGUGUGACCUAAACCCAUCUCUUCUUCACAACGAAACUGAAGCUCCCCUGUUCUCUAAUCCUUCUACGAUUAGCUCCACAAAAACUAUCUCGAACCCUCUCCUCCUCUCUUCAAACUCUCAAUUGCAAAACUCUCCUCCUCCCUUCCCUAAUUUCCCUACUACUCCCUCACCGAAAGAAAGAAAUGGUCAUUCAUACAAUUAUGAUGAUAUAUACAGGCGUUCCUCCUCCUCUUCUUCGAAAUCAAAUCGCUAUGUUUCUCGUCCAUCUUCUUCCUUAAGGGAGAGGAUCGCCGAAGAUGCAUCUCAUCCCCCAAGAAAAAUUACAUAUGAUGACUUUUGUACGACCAAUUCUCCUAUUUAUUUGUCUCAACCCCUUUCAAACGGUUCAUUAGAGUCUUUUCCUCAAUCCUUAACUGAUUCACCAAAGAACAACCAAAGUAGCUUCAGCCGGCGAUAUGCGAACACGAUCCCUAUUCUUAAUAGAAACGAACUAAACGUUGAUAUUGAUCUUGAACCUAGUGGUCCAUUCUUUUAUCGUCACAACAAUUAUAUAAUAUCAGAUUCACGCAAUACUCGAGAGGUGCUAAGGCGGUAUAGUGACUUUUAUUGGCUUCACUCUUAUCUUGUCGAAAAAUACCCUUGGAGAAGAGUUCCUUUGCUACUUGCCAAGCGAACAGCAUCCAGCAGAAAUACGUUUUUAGAGUAUAGAAGACAAGGUCUAUAUGACUUUGUAAAUGAUGUUGCUUAUCACCCAAUCUUUUCGAACGACGAAGUUGUUCAAGUAUUUUUCAAAGAGCCUAAUGUAUAUAAAACUUGGAGAAGAGAAAACUAUUCCUUCAUAAAAGAAAGCAUCGCUUCCUUUCUUCAGGAUCCAAUCGACUCUGUACCAGAUGUAUCAGAAUCGUGUAAAGAGCGGCUUCUAAAGGCUGGUACGGCUUGCGGGAUAGCAAUUAAUAAUCAGGUGAACAUUAUUAGAAUCUUUGAGAAAGCUAUUUACACGAUGGACCAUCUUCAUGAUGAUGUGAAUCGUCUACAAAACUCUUUUAACUGCUUACUUGACAGUGGGAUUUACCAACGGGUUUUUAAUUCUGGUUUUGCACAAAGAGAAAGUAGUACUAUGACUUUGGUCAGUAGACACGCCUACAAUGUCGACACAUUACAGCAUCAGCAAAGUUUCACAUUAAAGAAUUCCUUUAUUACGAAUCUUACUCGGGAAACCAAAAUGCUUAUAUCAUUAAGGCAACUGAUUGAAAGAAUGUCUACACCAUUUAAUACUGAUUUAACAAAAAUUAAGUUUUUAAUAUCUAAUGACGAGAAUUUGUUAAGAGAAGCUACGAUACACGAUUCAACGAAUGGAAGAAACUCUGCUACUCUCGGCAGCCCUGAAAACCGAAUUGAAAGUAAUUUGCACAAGAAAAAACAAUUAUAUGCCGAUACCCUUCGGCAAAGAUUCCAGAUUGAUCAAUACCUCUAUGAAGAAAUAGAGUAUCUACAAAAUUACUUAACAAUUCUCGGGAAUCCUUACAUCGAUUAUUGCAAACAGCGUAUCAGGUACGAGGAGGAAGGGCUAAACAUAUGGCAGUCCUUGAGGCGUGAUUUCGAAAAUUUAUAUGCUUAA